GAUAUCCCAGUCACGAAGAAAAAGUGCAGCCAACUGUGCCAGCACAUUUAUUUCAACAUAUCAACCCGACUAAUUGACGCCAUCACCGCCAUCACCGCCGUUGCCUUCAAUGCUUUUAUUUCAUUUGGGGACUCUAGAAUAGUUGAAUAAUACAUGCUGCACGUCUCAACUCGGUUUGAGCAAGGGGUUCCUAGUAGAUAGCGCACCUCAUGGCCAGGGUUCUCCGCCAAGUCGAAACCUGUGCGGUUUUACCAAUAACACUCAAGCGACCUCCAAACGGCCCUACCAAUUCUAGGUGAUCUGCAUAGCACAUACACGCCCCAUUAUGGAGUUUAUAUAUCCGGUCCUGCGUGUGUAGAUCACUAUGGAUUCACAGAAGAUUGAAUAUAAUGGCUUUCAUGAGAGCACUCAGUCAGAUUCAAGGUCUAGCACCGAGGUCGAGUCUUUGAUGGGCGACAAGAAUAUGUGGCAUGAUGUGGACCUCGGCAGUCCGAUACGGCAGACGAAGCGGGAUAAACUAUUUUCGACACUCAAAUCCUGGAGGUGGACCUUUGAUACUGUGCUAUUACUCGUCAUCGUCACAUUGCUUGUUCGCGACCAAUGGAGACAAUCUGCAGUACUACAAGAUGCGAACAUUUGGCAGUUUGGACAGGAUUUUACUGGCGUAGGCCCAAAGUUCUCCUCGAAAAUCACAAAGUUUGCGCCAGAUGAAUCAUAUGCGCCGAAUGAUACCGCCGAGUUCUUCACUGACGAAGUACUCGAUAAGUGGAAUCAACUCAUGCCACUUGGUAUGGGUUUUGUUUGGGUGAACGACACCGAGCAAUACCACGAUCUCCCGACCCCAAUAAUGUGGCCGGAGAAGACUGUCUUCACCACAUCUGCUACGCAUCAACUUCAUUGCCUUUUCGCCAUCGUCCAGACCUAUUCGGGCCUGACCUCUGGCCAUGAAAUCCCCGAUGAUCAUCAUUGGCAUAUGAUUCAUUGUUUUGAUUAUUUACGACAGGCCAUUAUGUGUAGCGCAGAUAUGGCAUUGGAGGGUUUAGAAACGACAUUCCCAGACCACAAUGGAGGCUCAGAUGGGUGGGACUCGAAGCAUGUCUGUCGGGAUUGGGAUCAAGUCAAAUCUUACCUGGAGUCUGUACGGGCUUACGAUGAUCAGCUAAUCUACUAAAUCUAAAUCUCAUAUAGAGAUCCCUGAACACAAAUCACAUUAUUGCAUACGUCGAAAGGUGUUAUUAAAAUAAAAUUAGUUAAUUCAAGUUCAAUUGAGGGGAUACUUAUCUAUUGAUAAAUUGGG